AAAAUAUUUGCUUUUUUAACCUUAAUCCUCCUCAACACUGCAUAUCCUAGCCAGACAAGGCCACAAGCCCGCUUUAUGCAUUUCUUCCCGCGAUAACAAAGGUUAUCAUUCAGCGCCAACUAAACCAAAAUGCAAGAAAUACCACUCGACGAAAUCGCCCAUAAAGACACUUCUCCAGCCCCAAAAAGGCCAAAACUCAACUUCUAUCUCUACCUCGUCGCUUCAAUCGCCAAUUUGCUGGGUUUUUCAACGGGAAACGCCAUCGUUUGGGUGGCCCCAGUCCUCCCAAAACUCCUUUCAAGUGCCGAUAACCCCCUCGGACGCGUUAUCACCCAUUCGGAGGCCUCAUGGGUGGCUGGCUUGCUACCACUGGGCGCGAUCUUCGGCCCUUUCCUCGCCGGAAAAAUCGCCGAUAAAAUCGGACGUAAAAAAAGUCUCCUUGUUUUAGCUCUCAUCAAAGUUGGCUCGCUUCUAAUUACGGCCUACGCCCACUCGAUUUGGCUCUACUACGUGUCGAGAUUUUCGAUAGGGGUGGCAAUAGGCACGGUUUUCGCAGUGCUGCCAAUGUAUUUGGCCGAAAUCGCCCAAAACCACAACAGGGGCACUUUGGCGUGCUCCAUGGGCGUUUUUAUCGCAAUUGGGUUCAAUUUCACCUUCCUCCUGGGCCCAUACCUCACCAUACAGAAUUUCAGUCUGGUUUGUCUCGCCCCCUUGGCGGUUUUUCUCCCGUGUUUUGUUAUUUUGUGUCCCGAAAGUCCCGUUUUUCUGGCAACCAAACAUGAGCGCAAACAACUUGUUAAAAGUUUGCUCAAACUUCGCAACCAAUCAAUCGAAACGGAAAUAGCGCUUUUGGAAACGUCCCAAAACCGGGAACCAACCACCAGUGGGCUUACAAAUCUGCUCAAGACAAAAUCGUUGCGUAAAGCCUUCGUUAUCUCCCUAGGGCUGAUAAGUUUGCAGCAAUCGGCCGGCGUGAGUGCGAUAAUGUCGUACUUACAGACCAUCUUCGAGGCCACUGGGAGCAAAUUCGCGCCGGAGAUUUGUGCAAUGAUCACCGGUACCUUCCAGGUUUUUGGCACAGUUCUGGCCUCCACGAUUGUGGAUAAGGCCGGCCGUAAAAUUUUACUCUUGUGCUCUUCGGCUGGAAUGUCCGUAACUUUGUUACUUCUCGCGGUGUAUUUCUACCUCCAGGGGCAUAAAUUUGCAGUUGUGGCGAAGUUGUCCUGGUUGCCCGUUUUAUCGCUUGUGGUUUUUAUCCUGGCGUUUAGUUUUGGUCUGGGGCCGGUGCCUUGGGCCGUAAUGGCCGAGGUUUUUCCGGCAAGUGUUAGGUCGCUGGCAGCGUCUGCCACCAGUGUCACUUGCUUUGUUAACACUUUUGUGGUCACUGUUGCGUUCCCGUCCAUGGCUUUGUUUUGCGGAAUGUCGAAUUGUUUUCUGAUUUUUGCGAUGAUUUGUCUUGUCGGGACGGUUUUUAUUUAUAAAGUGGUGCCCGAAACGAAAGGGAGGAGUUUGCAAGAGAUACAGAAAUUGUUAGAAGGGAAGUGAGUGUAUUUAUUGUAAAAAUAAAGUUUCCACGUUGA